CCGCUAACAGGUGGUGGUGGUGGUGGUGUCUGUUGACGUCCGUGGUUCAGCCCAGCAGUUAUGUGUUGACAACUCUAAGACUGACAGGACAGCCUGCCGACACACACGCCUUCACUGCCCCUCGCCCUUUCACACCUCCACCAUGGCCUCCAAGAACCUGACUCACAUCUUCAUGAUCAUGAGGGACAAGGCCAUCCAACGCAGGAAUAUGUAUAAACAGGUGGAGAGUUACUCAGACCAGGAUUCGUUGGUGCAAUGCAAGGAGAUGGAGAAUGGGCUAGGGGGCCUGGGGGACAGCCACCUGCCAGACUGGACAGGUAUGGUGGAGGAGGUGCAGUACAACGUCCUCACCCUCAAGGAGAAGAUUAAGCGCUUGGCAGCCUUGCAGAGCAACUUGGUGCGGCGGCCGUCCCUGGAUGACAACACAGAGGAGGAGCGGCAGCUGACAGUGCACCACAAUGAAAUCCGCCGGACCCUGGAGAGGUGUCAGAUGCUUAUGAUCCAGAUCAAACACAGUGGGUGUCGUGGACGUGAGGGAACGCUCAACAAAAAUGUGGUUCGCUCAUUAGGGUUUGCUUUGCAAGAAGUGAAAAAUGAGUUCAUGACGGCAUGUUCAGCAUUCACUGCCUCAAUGAAUAAUUUCAAGAAAAGCAGUUCGUUUGUUCAUGAGGGAGGAGGCGAAUAUGACAGCGAUUAUGGAACAUUUGAUGCAAGUGGUUCUGGGGUUUCGAGUCAGAAUCAGGCAUGGACACAGGAGCAGAUGCUGUUCCUAGCUGACAACACUAUGAUGGUGCAGGAGAAUGACCGGGCAGUACAGCAGAUCCUGCAGUCUACUCUACAGCUCAACCAGCUGUUCAAGGAUGUGGCACAACUAGUGUCAGAACAGGGCACUGUGUUGGAUCGGAUAGACUUCAAUGUGGAACAUGCAGCUGUAAAAGUAGAAGAGGGAGCCCGGCAGUUGAAGAAGGCAGACCGCUACCACCAAAAGAACCGGAACAUGAAGUGCAUCCUUGGCCUGUCAGGCACCAUCAUCAUCCUGAUAUUUAUCCUUGUGCUUGUCAAAAGUAAUUAGCAGAGAACAAUAUGUGAUAAGGUGUACAUAGAUAUAUUAUUUAUUUUAUAUAUCCAGCUGUACAUAGUCUAUUUAUUCUAUUGUGCUUAUUAUAAAUACUACUAAUUACUUGUAGAUCAUAGAGAAGAGCUUACUUUGCUAUAAGUUGCCUCAAAUUUUACAUAUGCAUUUUGUACUCUAGAGCAAACUGUCCUAUGGACAAUUUUCUAAUUCACAGAGGUUAGUUAGACAUGCAGUAUUUAAAGUCAGGUAUGGCAAGGAUCACACAGGCAGAGAUGUAUGUUUAUAUGGAUUGCCAGGAACACUGGUUUGUGGUCUUGUGGCUCAUUUUUCUGAAUUGUCUAUGUCCUCUUGUAUCCUGUGUCUUGCGGUCUUUGCCACACCUGCACUCCCUGUAGUGCAGUGACAUGUGGUAAUCUCCUGGUUACAUAGAGCCUUGCCUAAAAUGUGAAUAUAACUGUCAUUGGCAAAUAAACAGACAAAAAGCAAAAUGUCAGGGAGAGGAACAAGAUAUUAAGCUAGUAAUUUGACAGACAGUAAAAGAUAGUGGCAACCAGACUGACCAUUGUGUUCAGGGGGCAUCAUUCAUCUCAGGUAUAUAGAAUCUCCUCACUUGACCUCUGGGGAUACCUUUGGACCUGAUGGAGGAAAGACUAGGCAUUUGAGAUAUUAGUCACAUGAUGUAAAUCACAUGACAGAAGUACCUGGUGCCCUUGUACAUGAAUAGGUGGCUAAAUGGUGUGGCCACUUGGUGCUAUAGCAGUGAGGAAAGCUACAUGGAAGAGUGCUAUGUAGUAUGAGACAAAAUAUCCAUGUGAUUGGUGAAAUGACCCUGUGGGAUGGGAUCAUGUGGCUGUGGCAGUGGGUAGAAUGCAUGAGCAGUGACUGGAAAUACAAAGACUCAAAAAAAAUUACCUUAGGAACUGAUGACUGGUAUAAUCUCAAGAUCCAAGGCACUUUAUUUCAUACCUUGUGUCAAGGGUCAAACCCUGGCCAGAGCAUCUCUCAUGGGGCUUCUAUGAUACUGCAAUGUGACGAAAAGUAAAAAAAAAGUUGCUUCAGGAACUUCC